AUGGUCUUGACCUUGACGGGCCAGGCCCUUGGGCGAGGCAUAUUUAGCCCUUUCCAACAACAUCUGUUAGACUCUCCCGGGUGCGAUGGUACCGGUAUCGUAGAUCCGGACAGUGACUGCAAAGGGGACGGCAUCGUGCCUAACCCUUCACAUGGCGAUAGAGAUCGGGACGGUUUCCAGUUUGAGAAUCCUUCUCUCGACUGCGAAUACGCGUCGCAGCCGUAUAUUUGGGAUUCAUUCAAGGACCUUGAAAAGGACAUGAGCAAGCUGUUCACAGUGAUUCACAAAAACGUCAGCUUCACUAUCAACGGCCACCACCCGGUUUCGGGUCACUACCAUGAUCUGAUGCAUUUCUACGUCAAUGCUUUGCGCCGUGUCAGCGUCUGCCUAUCGGAGCACCAAGACAAAUUUCGAAUACUUCCACAGGCUAUUCACGGUGGCUGCAACAAUCCAUGGUCUGUUCAGGAGGUCCGGUUUCUGGGACAAAUGAACUCUGGCGAUAUCUUCGAUGUUAUCAACGUAUGGGUGACACGAUGGCACAAAGGUCAGAUGGUCGAAAUUCGCACAUUCACAGACUCUGCUCCAGUGAUAGAAGUUCUGCAGAAAAACGAGAUUUGGUGGAAUUCGAGCACUUGGACCGACCACACUCAGUUUAUCCCCGGCCCAUCUGGCAUGCCUGAUUUGAGCCUGCUAGAAGGCUUAAUGAGGUAUCCUGACGGCAGCAGGUACGAAGACUGA